GCGACGAUUACAACCACAACAACAACAGCAGCAGCAGCAGCACCAGCAGUACUUUAACGACACAGUCAAAGUGGGCAAAUGAAAACGUCGGGAAACGAUGCUGCAGCCAGAAACAGCCCGACUUCUAACAGAGGGACAAAUGUUAGUAAAAAGCAGCGAUGUAGGAAACACACAGGAGGAGCCGGGGCUCAGUGAGGCAGAGGAGGGAAACCCGUUCAACUUCACCCCGCAGCUCCUCCGCCUGCACCGGGACCACCAGCUGUUUGAGGAUGGAGACAUUCACAGACACAUGUAUCUACAAGAUCUCUACGUCUCAGAGACAGACGACAAAACAACCCUCAGUGUGUCAGAAUUCGCCUGUCACAUUUCUGGCUGCAGUGCAGUCUUCAGCGCUUUAGAGGAGUACGAGCACCACUACAACUCCCUGCACAGACAUGUGUGCUGCUCCUGCCGGCGCUCCCUGCCAAGUGCUCGACUCCUGGACAUUCACAUUCAGGAGUGGCACGACUCCCUCUUCACUAUCCUCGCCCAGAGACAAGAUAUGUACCAGUGUUUGGUGGAGGGCUGUGGACAGAAGUUCAGGACGAGUCAACACAGGAAGCAACAUCUGAUAAAAGUUCACAAGUAUCCCCCAGACUUCAGAUUUGAUAAAACCAAAAAGGACCGAGGGGAGACAAAGAGACCACAGCAGAAAGACACAUCCAUGGAAGUAGCAGAGAGUGUGUGUGAGUCUGAGGGUGUGUGUGAGGUUAUGUGUGAUGUGCUGUCUGACCAACCCGAGCACGGGGAAUCCAUGGAGACGCAUGUGUCGGAGGAAGAAGCUGCUCGCACGGCUACAUCUGCCAUUACUGAGGAUCAUGCAAACCUUUCUGCUGCUGCUCACAGCGCGGAGAACACGAGCUCUCAGCCGCUGAAACCACAAUACUCCUACAGGGUCCCUACAAACGUGUGCUUCGGUCACGGCUCAGUCCGAGGCUUCAGAGGGCGACGAGGAAGGAGGAAAUGAUGAAACACCAGAGUUAAACUUUCUCUUCUUCAUGAUGUGUACAUUUAUACCCGUGCUGGGUAACAUAGUAUAUUCAGAAUCCUAUGUGUCGGCCUUAAAAUAAAAUGUUUUUAUAAAAUAUAAAGUGUUGUGUAUAGGAAUUUAUCUACAGGAUGAAGAAUAAGUGGAGUUGUGUGUUCUACGCUGCUGUGUGGCUCCCGUCUCACAAAGCAUCCUUCCUGUUUUCAGUUCCUGCAUCACUGUUGUCUUCAUUUUUAACAAGCUUUUUGUCACAUCAGCUCCUAAAAAGUAUAUGUUGACCCUGAUCUGGUUAAAAGUGUGACUUUAAUCUAAAUGCAUGUGUUGUACAUUUAAAACAAUGACUGAAUGCAGCUCGAUGCUGUAUCUUUAA